AUGGACCCUUCCCAAAGAUUGCUCACGGAGGUGUCCCGCAUGUCCUCCCCGCAUAAAGUUGGACUGAUGGCAAUGUUCGCUGUCGUGCUGUUCAGCGUGCUGAAGGGCGUCUUUGGCAAAUUCGUCACUAUCCAAGCUUGCGCCGACGUCAGCUGGAGAAUGCUCCUCAUCUAUCUUGUCAUCGUCGCAUGCAAAGGCGGCACCUGGCUCCAUCGAGUCCGACAGCACGCAACGGCACUCUUCAAUGGGGGAAUCGGCAUAGUACGUCGAGGAUUUGACCAGAACUUGGCUGCCCUAGCCGCCGAGCAUCACAGUCUGAUGGCACGCGUCCAUGCAGCCGAAGGAGACUUGCGCAGAGCGAACGAGAACCAAGAGCGGCUGACACGAAGUUUGAACACCGCCCAAGAGCAGCUUGAUCAGCUCCAUCGCACUCGCGACGGCCUUACCGAACGCCUGAGAGCCCGAAUUCUUGGUCUUAUCAACAGCGAAUGGGAGCUCCGAGAGCAACUGCACGCCUCAACCGAGGAGAACGCCAGACUCCUCAACGAUCAGCAGGAACUCGAAGUACAGUUGCAAGCGAUCCGAGAAGAGAACGCAAACCUGCUUGAGCAUCAGUACGAUCUCGAGGCGAGAAUGCAAGGCGCUCAGGACGACAACGUGGAAGGGGUCAACGUCCAGGAUCGUGAAUUGAACCCGCCUGCCGUCCAGCAGGGCCUCGAAGGUGGAGAUCGCGAAGGUGCGGACUUCUGA